CUGCAUACUUCAAAAUAUCGAGCUGUUUGCAAAAGUCCAUCUUAGUCAUGUGUAGACCACAGUAAGUUCUGUUUCCGUAAUAUCUGACCUCGAGCGAGCGCCGCAGUGAGGUAUAACCACUAAUAUAUAUACGACUGUUUUCUAUAUUAUAGAUCAGUGGGUAUAACUCUAUUAUCGCUGAUAACAGGAGAGAGCGGGAGCUUCAGGCGCGCUGCAGACUUUAUUUUCUGACUGGAGCGAGUCCCGAUGUUAACAGCGCUAGCGUUAGCGUUAGCCUGCCAGCUCGAGCCUUCUGUCAGGAAUGGUAGCCUUUAGUUAGGCUAACAAUCUUUUCAUUCAGAUUAGCCAAAUAACGCCCAGCACUAUGAAUUUAUUGCCAUCAAAUCCGCACGGUAAUGGAUUACUUUAUGCUGGAUUUAACCAGGAUCACGGAUGUUUUGCGUGUGGGAUGGAGAAUGGAUUCAGGGUUUAUAACACAGACCCUCUUAAAGAAAAGGAAAAGCAAGAGUUUCUUGAGGGAGGAGUUGGUCACGUGGAGAUGCUCUUUCGAUGCAAUUAUCUUGCGAUUGUUGGAGGUGGGAAAAAACCAAAAUAUCCUCCCAAUAAAGUGAUGAUUUGGGAUGACCUCAAGAAAAAGACAGUGAUCGAGAUUGAGUUUUCCACAGAGGUCAAAGCCGUUAAACUUCGCCGUGACAGGAUUGUGGUGGUCCUGGAUUCUAUGAUUAAAGUUUUCACGUUUACUCACAAUCCUCAUCAGCUGCAUGUUUUUGAAACAUGCUAUAACCCUAAAGGUUUGUGUGUCUUGUGCCCAAACAGCAACAAUUCCUUGCUAGCGUUCCCAGCCACUCACUCCGGACACGUUCAGAUCGUAGACCUGGCCAACACAGAGAAGCCGCCUGUGGAUAUUCCUGCACACGAAGGAGCUCUGUGCUGCAUCGCUCUCAACCUGCAGGGCACACGGAUCGCCACGGCGUCUGAGAAAGGGACCCUGAUCAGAAUAUUUGACACCUCAGCUGGUCAUCUCAUUCAGGAGCUGAGAAGAGGAUCACAGACUGCCAAUAUAUACUGCAUCAAUUUCAACCAGGAUGCCUCUCUUAUCUGCGUAUCAAGUGACCACGGCACGGUCCACAUAUUUGCUGCAGAGGAUCCCAAAAGGAACAAGCAGUCCAGCUUGGCAUCGGCCAGUUUUCUCCCCAAGUAUUUCAGCUCCAAAUGGAGUUUCUCCAAGUUCCAGGUCCCGUCCGGUUCUCCCUGCGUCUGUGCCUUUGGAACAGAACCCAACGCUGUUAUAGCUAUUUGUGCUGAUGGCAGCUACUACAAGUUUGUGUUCAACCAAAAAGGGGAGUGUUCGAGGGAUGUUUGUGCUCAGUUCCUGGAAAUGACUGACGAGAAGAUCUGAGCGUAGACACUACUUCACUUCCUUUCCUGACAUCUCCAGAGGACUUGAGUGGCGUUCGUGACAGCUGUUUUGGAGAUGAGCGUGACACAGGUGUGGAGGAGACCAAAAGAAACUCUAAAAGCUCUCUAGAUUUAAACCAGAGAGGCCUUUCUUUCAACAAGUCGAGGGCUGACUGAAAACCUGUGACCCCAGAAAACACAUUCUGUGGAGUGACGAGAGGGAAACCACCCCCCCCCCCCCCCUUUUUUUUUUCUUUCUUUUUUUGAAAGGACAACAUUUUAUUAAAUUGUCUUCCAUUGGAUUUUUAAAGCUUUGGAUGUUGUUGGCUAGUUAGCGAGAGUGAUUCUUGUCUGCUAACCCUAACGAAUCUAAUGUGAUUGAGAGCAGCGCUGGGUGUAAACAUGUACUUCAUUCACACUAUGUAUUUGAAAAACCUUUGCGUUGUUUUUUUUGCUGUAUGAACACAGGAUACCGGAUGAAAAUGAUGUAACUACAUGGUAUUUAGGCUAGUAUAACACACAUUUUAUGGUGUAAAGGUGUGCUCUUCAUUUCAUGUAACGCAAAAUCUUUUUGUUGGCUAUAACAAAAUCUAAUUAAUAUAAUCAGUGCUUUCUAAAGGUUUGUUUCGGUCGCUGUACUAUCACACAAGAGACGUGAUGCACAUACACAACAUAUUAGGAGAGGAAAGAGGAACCGUGUCGUCAUAUUUAGUCUCUUUACAUUCUUAAUGGAUUAAAAUAAAAUGACCAACUCUCAAGUCCUGUUUUCUUCUCAAAGUAAUUGAGAAUAACUUUACAAGAGGUUAAUUGUAAUGUAAGUUGUACACUAUUUAAACCUGGUCGCAGAUGAAUGCAUCAAACCACAUCUUUUUGUUUGUUAGCUGCAAAAUUAUCACUUUCUGUAGUAUUGCGUAGCCACUGACUGAUCUUUCUCUUUUACAGACGAAUGCGCUCAAAUUCUGGCAAAGUGUCCAUCUCGCACCUGAAGAACCCGGUGCUUAUAUGUUUGUCUAAAUUCUUAUAACCGUUCUUUGAAAUGUAUCUAUAAGCUAUUUUGUUACUAUUUGAUGCUUUUGUCAUUGAUAACAUGCAAGUGAUACAUAUAACUUCAUGAAGAUGAUGAUGUAAGCUGAUCCCCACACAGUUCAGUAUCAUGACAAAUUAAAGAUGAUUGUAAAAUCAA